AUGGAGUCGGCCGGCCAGACUAACUGGCGCGGAAAGAACAUCGGCUGCUACGUGGGCAACUUUGGAGAAGACUGGCACGACAUGCACGCCCUUAAUACGCAGCAAUUGGGGAGUUUUCGCAUCAUUGGCACGUCAGACUUUGCCGCCGCAAAUCGGGUGUCAUAUGAGUUUGACUUCAAGGGUCCAAGCGUUACUGUUCGAACAGCGUGCUCAUCCUCGUUGACCAGUCUUCACCAAGCCUGUCUGGCAUUAUAUAACGGUGACUGCUGUAGCGCCAUUGUGGCAGGAUCGAACAUCAUCAUGCAUCCAGGCAUGACCCAAGGCAUGACGGAGAAGGGGCUUAUGUCCCCGACUGGUUCUUGCAAAACAUUUGACGCCAAUGCUGACGGCUACGCGCGAGGGGAGGCCAUUAAUGCGAUUUAUAUCAAGCUCCUGGAUGAUGCCAUUCGAGAGAAUGAUUCGAUCCGAGCCGUCAUUCGCGCAACGGCAAGCAACUGCGACGGCAAGACCUUGGGCAUUGCCCGUCCCAGCACGGAAGCGCAGGAAGCAUUGGUGCGACGAGCCUAUGAGGCGGCCGGAAUCAAGGACCCUUCACAAACACCUUUUGUCGAGUGUCAUGGCACAGGUACACUGACUGGAGAUCCCAUUGAAACAAACGCCAUGGCAAACGUCUUUGGGCGUGGACAGACGUAUAUUGGAUCGGUCAAGGUAAAUGUCGGCCAUUCCGAGGGCGCAUCCGGUCUCAGCAGCAGCAUCAAGGCUAUUCUUGCCUUGGAGCACGAGACAAUACCGCCUCAGAUUAACUUUUCGAAUCCAAACCCGGACAUUGCCUUUGACAAAGGAAAUCUUGUCGUGCCGCUUGAUCCCAUUCCUUGGCCUAAAAACCGUGGCGCCAGAGUCAGUAUCAAUUCGUUCGGUAUCGCCGGUGCCAAUGCACACGUUAUACUGGACUCGGCUGCCUCGUAUAAUGGAUCCCAGCCCCGAAAGCAGCAGCCAAGCCAGGGCCAAGUUGAGGGAUUCGUGAAUGGACCCGAACAAAUCGACAAGUCAAGCAACAUGAGGGUCCGUUACUCCAACAUGGCUUACACGCCCGCCGCAGAGCCUUGGCCACUGCUGAUUCCGGUGUCGGCCGACAGUGUCCACUCGCUCCACGCUCGAAAGGAACAGGUGCAACGAUACAUCAAGUCUCACCCAGCAUCUCUGGAUGCCGUGGCGUACAGUUUCGGAUCACGUGUCCAAUGGGCGGGCAUGGCAAAGGAACUUUUGCGCUUCUCAUCCUUUUGCAACGACAUGUCACUCAUGGAUGAGACGUUGCAGGGCUUGGAAGACCCGCCGUCGUGGUCAAUUCAUGAGGACUCGCAACCUCUCUGCACUGCUGUCCAGGUCGGUCUCGUUAAUUUCUUGGCCAAGGCCGGAAUCACGCCUGCUGCCGUUGCUGGCCACUCAAGUGGCGAAAUUGCAGCUGCAUAUGCCGCCGGAGCCAUCUCGCUAUCAGAGGCCAUCUUGAAUGCAUACCACCACGGACUGGCUGUCACGCAUGUUCAACGUCGCGGUGCCAUGGCAGCGGUAGGCAUGGGCCGAGCGGCGGUGGCACCUUUUAUUGCGAAUGGAGUCGUUUUGGCGUGCGAGAAUGGCCCUAGAAGCGUAACUCUCUCCGGUGAUGAAGAUGCUCUGGAGCGGACCCUUGCCGCCAUCAGUGACAAGAACCCCAAGACGGUUAAGCGGCGGCUGGGUGUCAAUGUUGCAUAUCAUUCAAGUCAUAUGCAAGAAAUUGGCGCCAUGUACGAGGAAAUGGUCCAGCGGCACCAAAAAGAAGGCCUCACUACUGUCCCCUUCUACUCCAGUGUAACGGGACAGCUGGUUGAGACGGGCUCAAGACUUGAGUCUUGCUACUGGAGGACCUUGGAGGGCCCGCUCCGGCAGAUUGCCUUUGAGACAAAGAGCCACAGCCUUCCCUACGUUGCCACUUUGAAGAGGGACGAGAGUGCUACCUUGUCACUGUUAACGGCCCUAGGUGAAAUGUAUUUGCAGGGAUGCCCCGUAAACUUUUCCUUCAACCCAGAGACGCCGGUUCUCGUCGACGUACCACACUAUCCCUGGGACCACCAGCUAGAGUAUUGGAGCGAAAGCCGGUUAUCAAGGGCCAUCAGACAUCAACGGCAUCCGUACCACGAGCUUCUAGGGUCAAGGGGACUGGAAUCCAUCGACACGGAGCCCUUCUGGCGAAAUCAGCUCCGCGUCGAUAAGGUUUCCUGGCUCAAAGAUCACAUGAUUGGGGGAGACAUUCUUUUCCCGUGCGUUGGUUACGUCGCCAUGAUGGGCGAGGCAAUCAGACAAGUGACAGACCAGGACGCGUUUACUCUGCGGAAUCUCGUCGUCAGAUCUGCCAUGGUGCUUGAUGAAGCGGCAACUCUUGAGACGAUGACCACCAUGAGGCCUUUGCGUCUAAGUGACAGCACCAACUCGUCGACGUGGCACGAAUUCAGCAUCUCGACUUUCAAUGGAACGUCGUGGGUCCAGCACUGCAUUGCCCAGGCAGAGCUGGCGUCGAGGAGCAUGCUUCAACGGCUCCGGCGGGGAGCAGCACGGCUCCUCCAUAUACCCUUCGGGCCGCGCUUCCAGGUCCUGCGGGAUAUUUCUGCCAGCCCAACGCAGCCCGAAGCAAGAGCCAGCGUUGCAAGCCACUACGACGACGAGGCCGCACAUUCCUCGGUUCAUCCCACGGCCAUUGAUGGGAUGGGCUGGGGAACUGUCAAGCUGGCCCUUCCUUGUCCUGACAGGAACACAUACAACCUGGCCGGCGGCACGGCCAACUUGGACGAGUUUCUGUCUCUAUACUCCCAUGCGAGGCCGGCCCUGAGGGUGCUCCAAGUCGGAGCUGGCACAGGGACUACGGAGAAUGUCUUGAAAGCCCUCGGGUCAAAAGACGGAGGCGGAACUCGACUGUAUUUACACUACACCUUGAGCGACAUCUCGGCCGGCAUCUUGGCCGCAGCUGAGGAGAGAUUCAAGCGUUAUCCGGCCAUGGACUUUAAAAUGUUGGAUCUUUCCAGGGAUGCGACUCAACAGGGACUCAAACGUGCCUCUUACGACUUAGUAAUUGUUUCAAACACUCUUUACGCCACCCCGAAGCUCGGCGAAACGCUGCGCAGUCUUCAUUCUCUUCUGGCACCGAGAGGCAGGCUGUUAGUCCAGGAGUUGGGCUUUUUGCCUAGUUGGUGGGCUCGAGAGGUUGACGGUCAAUCAACGGAAAGGUUUAUCUCGUUAGAGCGUUGGGAUAGAGAGCUCAGCGACGCAGGCUUUUCGAGGACGGAUUCGGUCAUGCUGGAUGACGACGAAUCGCAUCAGAGAACCGCCGUCAUAGUUGCAACUACGGCGCACGCAGGGAGCUGGGACCGACAAGUCACAUUUCUAUGCAACAAGAAGAGGCCAGAAUUUGGACUCGCUCUAUCACGUGUUUUCCAAGAUGAAGGUUUCGCAGUUUCCUGGGCCAAUCUCGGCGACACAAACCAGGAUUUUGGUCGGAAUGUUGUUUCCUGCAUUGACUUGGAAACCCCCUUCUUCCACGACAUGUCCGAGGCCGAUUUCGAGGCGUUGGUAGCCUAUAUUUCGAAAAUCCAGGGCGGUCUUUUCUGGCUCACCCGGCCGGCCCAGAUUGAAUGCGCCGACCCUCACUACGGAAUGACAAUUGGAGCGGCCCGAGUAAUACGGAACGAGGUUUGGUCAAAGUUUUCGACGUUGGAAUUGCAGACACUUGACCCCAAUGUCCUUCCCCUUGUCUUGGCCGUCUUUAACAAGAUCCAGGAACAGGUCAACUUUGAGCUUUACAAUGCGGACCGGGAAUUUGCCGUUCACGACAAGGUCGUCUACGUUGGCCGCUACGACUGGUUUCAACUGUCUGACGAGCUGGAGGCUCCUGUCGACGAUGAUGGCCCAAUGUGCCUGGAGAUUGGCCAGGCAGGAUUAUUAGAUACUCUUGGUUGGCGUCGAUGCAAUUCGGAAUCAAAGCCUUUAGCAGACGACGAGCUGGAGGUUGAAGUUGGCUGCGUGGGGUUGAACUUUAGGGACCUCCUUAAUGCCAUGGGCAUGCUAGCGCCCUUGGAAGCCACAUUGGGCGGCGAGGCUUCAGGCAUCAUCACUCGCGUCGGAUCGUCGGUCCGCCACGUCAAAGUCGCAGACAGCGUCAUGGCUUAUGGUGAUGGUUGCUUUGCAACACAACUGAGAAUGCCCGGUCGCCAAGUUGUUCGCGUGCCUGACGGCAUGAGCUUGGAGGACGCUGCCAGCCUCCCCGUUGCUACCAUGACGGCAAUCUACUGCGUCUUCAACGUCGGGCACAUGUCAAAGGGACAGUCCAUCUUGAUUCACUCGGCUUGUGGAGGCGUUGGUCUUGCUGCUCUCCAAGUUUGCCGAAUGCUGGAGCUCGAGAUAUAUUGCACUACCGGGAGCGACGAAAAGGUCCAGUAUCUAGUCGUCAACUGCGGGACUCCCCGAGACAAAAUCUUCUCCUCCCGCGACACGAGCUUCCUUGGAGGCGUGCUACGAGCCACCGACGGCCGCGGCGUCGACGUGGUGCUCAAUUCUCGGUCUGGAGACUUACUACAUGCCUCUUGGCAGUGCGUUGCUAAACACGGAAAGAUGGUGGAGAUUGGCAAGUCCGACUUGAUCGGUCACGGCUCUCUAGCUCUCCACCCGUUCCUCGAGAAUCGGUCUUUUCACGGUGUGGAUAGGGACCUGUUAAAAAAUGACCGCCCUGACCUCAUCCAAAGAACCAUGGAGGCCUUGGUCGAAUACUACCAGCAAGGCCACCUCAAGCCUAUACCGCGCCAUGUGUUCCCGGCUCAUAACAUAGCUGAUGCAUUUCGCUACAUGCAAAGCGGGCAGCACAUUGGAAAGAUUAUCAUCUCUGUGUCCAAGGACAAGAGUCCCCUCCCAGCCAAGACGACUUACUGGAGCCCAUCACUCUUGGCUGAUGUGAAACGGGCCGUGGAGGCUGCGCCUUCUCCCAUUGCCGGCCUUUUCCAGAUGUGCAUGGUCCUCAAGGACAAGCUUCUUUCCCAGAUGACUUACCAAGACUGGACUGCGGUGCAGGACCCCAAAGUUGAAGGAACUUGGAAUCUCCACCAAGCCCUCUUGGGCACCAAACUCGACUUUUUCAUCCUCCUCGGCUCGACGAGCUCGACAGGUGGCUUUGUCGGACAGGCCAACUACGCAGCCGCAAACGCAUUCCAGGACUCGUUUGUGCAGUACCGCCACCGUCUGAAGCUGCCAUGCUCCGUCAUCGACGUCGGGCUCAUGAAGGGGAUAGGCUACGCCGCCCAGCGGCCCGCGCUACUCGACUCUCUACGGGACAAGGACUUUUACACGGUGCAGGAACAGCAAAUGAUGGACUCUAUUCAGGUGGCCAUCAGCCAAUCUCAGCCGGGGAGGAGUGACUGGACGGCCAUUUCGACCAAGCCCUUGUUGCAUACGGACAAUCGUAUUACUUGGAAGCGGGACUUUCGCAUGGGCAAGUAUUACUUGCUCCACCCUCAAGAGGAUGCAACUGGCGAGGCCAAAGAGACCGGGGGCAUCCGAGAUCUCGUCAACUUGGUUGCAUCAGACGCUCGGGUGCUUCACGACCCUGCCAGCCUCGAACUCGUGACGGGAGAGAUUGGGCGCACAAUAUGCGGCUUCCUAGUCCGUCCGGCCGAGGACCUGGAUCCCAGCAUGAGCAUAAGCUCCUUGGGCCUCGACUCGUUAGUCAGCGUCGAAGUCAGCAACUGGUGGCAUCAAGUGAUGGGGGUUGACAUGACUGUGACGAGGAUUGCAAAUGCAGGGACACUGGGGCAUUUGGGCAGUAUGGCAAUCGAUUUGCUACAGGAAAAGUACGGCGUCAAGGCAAGGUGA